AUGUUGUACUUAAUUGUAAUUCUGUGUCUUACCAUUUCCAAUGCCUAUUAUGGAUCCGAAUAUUAUGCAGAAUGGUAAACAGGAGUAGAUAACAGUAUAUCUAAAUAAGAUCAAUUUUUAUUUCCAACCUAUCCAAUGAGAUUUUAGAGUUAGGUGACUUUCUCAACAAGAUUUAGUGUUUGCCCAUAAGUGCUUUUGAUGCAUUAGGAGAUUUAAUGGAGUCGAGGAAGAAAUAUCAAUUAUCAAACGUACGUUUCAGAUGUAACCAUUUAUGGGUUUACCAUAAAUUAUGUCAUUUGGGGUCCAGCAGUAGUACCUAUUCUUAGUGUGAGAUGGGUCGCUUUAGUUGAUGACUAAGUCGAAAUACAAUAUGUUCAUUAUCAAGAGAAAGAUUUAUACUAAUUGAGCCAAGGGUUUGGAGCAAGGGCAUAAGAUUUCAUGAUAUCAUAUUAUCCUCGCUAUCCUGCACCCAAAGUUACAGCAUUUAUUGUGGGUGCAGACUUCGAAAUAUUUAAUUCUUUAUUUACGAGUGUCAGAAUUCAAAUGGGUCUACCCACAUCAAAUAGCAUGGACGUCAGAUUCCUCACCAGAGACUACUGUCAUGUGAGAUCUCUUUAUGUUGCCUAUUUCAUUUCAAAUAAUUACUUGACUUUGGCAGGAUCUGUUGGUGCCUAUUAUUCUACUUAAAAUCAAUUCCUAGACAAUGGAAACAGACAAACUAUUAGAGCCCAAAAGUUUUCUAGGUUAGUCCCAUCAAUUUACUCCUUAGACCCAGCGUAUAACAUUUUGGCUCAAGGUAUAAGUGGAUUUGAUAUUCACAGUUAUGCCGGUUCAGCAUAUCUUAGAGUUACUGCUGAAUCAAUGAUAAAUCAAUCAUAAGUUUACACACUUGUCUAUGGAACAAGGGGUGACACUAUAUUAACUUACAUGUAAGCUAGUUAUAUUUUACAUCCUCCAGGAAUGCCAUACCAUUAUUAUUAUAAAAAUUAUGAUUGGAUUAUAACAAAGGAUGAAUAGAUAGUUCUUGAAGAGACUAUUGAAUAAGAGAAAAAGAUCAGUGAAUUAAAAAAGUAAUGA